AGUCUCACUUCAGUUCCUUUUGCAUGAAGAGCUCAGAAUCAAAAGAGGAAACCAACCCCUAAGAUGAGCUUUCCAUGUAAAUUUGUAGCCAGCUUCCUUCUGAUUUUCAAUGUUUCUUCCAAAGGUGCAGUCUCCAAAGAGAUUACAAAUGCCUUGGAAACCUGGGGUGCCUUGGGUCAGGACAUCAACUUGGACAUUCCUAGUUUUCAGAUGAGUGAUGAUAUUGACGAUAUAAAAUGGGAAAAAACUUCAGACAAGAAAAAGAUUGCACAAUUCAGAAAACAGAAAGAGACUUUCAAGGAAAAAGAUACAUAUAAGCUAUUUAAAAAUGGAACUCUGAAAAUUAAGCAUCUGAAGACCGAUGAUCAGGAUAUCUACAAGGUAUCAAUAUAUGAUACAAAAGGAAAAAAUGUGUUGGAAAAAAUAUUUGAUUUGAAGAUUCAAGAGAGGGUCUCAAAACCAAAGAUCUCCUGGACUUGUAUCAACACAACCCUGACCUGUGAGGUAAUGAAUGGAACUGACCCCGAAUUAAACCUGUAUCAAGAUGGGAAACAUCUAAAACUUUCUCAGAGGGUCAUCACACACAAGUGGACCACCAGCCUGAGUGCAAAAUUCAAGUGCACAGCAGGGAACAAAGUCAGCAAGGAAUCCAGUGUCGAGCCUGUCAGCUGUCCAGAGAAAGGUCUGGACAUCUAUCUCAUCAUUGGCAUUUGUGGAGGAGGCAGCCUCUUGAUGGUCUUUGUGGCACUGCUCGUUUUCUACAUCACCAAAAGGAAAAAACAGAGGAGUCGGAGAAAUGAUGAGGAGCUGGAGACAAGAGCCCACAGAGUAGCUACUGAAGAAAGGGGCCGGAAGCCCCACCAAAUUCCAGCUUCAACCCCUCAGAAUCCAGCAGCUUCCCAACAUCCUCCUCCACCACCUGGUCAUCGUUCCCAGGCACCUAGUCAUCGUCCCCUGCCUCCUGGACACCGUGUUCAGCACCAGCCUCAGAAGAGGCCUCCUGCGCCGUCGGGCACACAAGUUCACCAGCAGAAAGGCCCGCCCCUCCCCAGACCUCGAGUUCAGCCAAAACCUCCCCAUGGGGCAGCAGAAAACUCAUUGUCCCCUUCCUCUAAUUAAAAAAGAUAGAAACUGUCUUUUUCAAUAAAAAGCACUGUGGAUUUCUGCCCUCCUGAUGUGCACAUCCGUACUUCCAUCAGGUGUUUUCUGUAUGCAGAACAUUGUCACCUCCUGAGGCUGUGGGCCAUAGCCACCUCUGCAUCUUCGAACUCAGCCAUGUGGUCAACAUCUGGAGUCUUUGGUCUCUUCAGAGAGCUCCAUCACACCAGUAAGGAGAAGCAAUAUAAGUGUGAUUGCAAGAAUGGUAGAGGACCGAGCACAGAAAUCUUAGAGAUUUCUUGUCCCCUCUCAGGUCAUGUGUAGAUGCGAUAAAUCAAGUGAUUGGUGUGCCUGGGUCUCACUACAAGCAGCCUAUCUGCUUAAGAGACUCUGGAGUUUCUUAUGUGCCCUGGUGGACACUUGCCCACCAUCCUGUGAGUGAAAUAAAAGCUUUGACUAGA